GCCUACAUGAUAUUUGAUGGUAGUCAUACGGAAAAAAUGGAUUGGUUUGCUUUAGAGAACGUAACAAGUAGCUCAUACGACUUUACAGCACCAUUUUUUUCCUCGAUUAAAGGCCUGUACAACCGACAUUGGUUUUCGAAUAAGAGUUAUGGUGGAUGCAGGGUUGACUAUGGGUGGACCGUGGUGCUAACUGAUAGUGGCCCGUGCAAGUGGGACAAUAGAAGUACAGAUUAUCCUCAAAUCAUGUUCUCUCCAACAACAGUUGCUGUACUAUGGCAAUCAGAUGAGCCAGCCUUGGCCGAUUUCUUUGCUAUUUUUCUUGAAUAUACAGAUCAUUGUCCACAUGAUGUUGUAGUGAUAGCGAACGUGACGUACACAUUCGAAGCUUCGCCGACCAAUUUUUUGGCUAACUCGCUUGAAAUGUGCAGUUCGGAAGAAAAUAAUCCUCAAGCCGUGCGCAUGUGUAAUUCUGACCUAUCCGGAGGCGCAAUCUGGGAAGAAGUUACAAUUGCAGUAUGCAACAUUGAUGAUAUCAACGAGCUGACACAGGUGACUGUAACGGAAGAUAAUGUUGAGGACGUUGCUAGUCAACUUUCCACCUUAACCGGCGACGAGAAUGUCGAAGACGAACUUAACCUUAACGAUGUUGCCUCCAUUUUAGAAAAUGUAACUGAAGUUGGCGCAGGCAAUCAGCAAGUAACAAUGUUCAUAGUGGAAGUUGUGAGUAAUAUACAAAAUCUGGACAAUGACCUUUUUAUGGCAGACAACCAGAGUACAGCUGCUUCAUCAAGUAUAGUUAAGUCCCUAGAGACUCAAUUGGCAUCACUUACGAAUUUCACAUACGUCCAGGAAAAUGUAGCUGUACAGACGAUGAUGUUCAAUACAACAGCUUUGGAAAAUGGAAUCGGAUUUGCUUCGCUACAACCGAUGAAUGGUACCGUUAAUAGCGGCCUUCAAAAAGAAAACAUCAAACAAUUAGAAAACGUAAACGAUUAUCUAAACGAGAUGUUGGAAACAUCAAUUGCUUUACCACCGGAAAUUGUUAGUAAGAGUCAGCAACAAGCGGCUUCAAAUGACUUGCAAGUGAGCUUCAUCAUCUAUCAGUCGUCUAAACUGUUUACUUCUUAUCGUCUGAUGUCUAACGAAAAUAGAACGAUUGGGAGUCGGGUCAUAUCGGCUGCUGUAGAAAGCGUAACUGUGGCAGGGUUGGAGGAACCGGUUACAGCUGCCUACUUACCAAUUGUGAAAGGUGCAGAAGGGAAUCCUGAAUGCGUUUUUUGGGACUUUGAUUUGGAAAACGGCCACGGAGACUGGUCCAACGAAGGUUGUGAUUACAAGGAAACAUCCGACGGUCGAAUCGUGUGCUUCUGUGACCAUUUAACAAACUUUGCUGUUAUCGUGGAUUAUUCUGGUCAGGCCGGUCCAACCACGAGGUUUCAAGAUUCGUUGACCUACAUCAGCAUCAUAGGAUGUGUAAUAUCUAUUGUCUGCUUGGUUGUUACUAUCAUUACAUUUAUGUAUUUCAAACACUUACGAGGAAACCGCCCCCAACGUAUCCUUCUGAAUUUGUGUUUUUCUCUAUUGUUUCUAUAUCUAACUUUUGUCAUCGGGAUUGAGUUGACGAGUUGUUAUAGUUGCUGUAUUGCCAUAGCAAUCAUGUUGCAUUAUUUUGUUCUUACGACGCUAUCUUGGAUGCUUGUUGAGGCGAUAAAUAUGUACCUACAAUUUGUAUUGGUAUUCUACAACGAAAUACGUAACUUCAUGUUGAAGACUGUACUUCUUGGUUGGGGUGUGCCUAUUAUACCAGUUGCAAUAAUUUCUGCCACAAACUACAGGGAAACAUAUUUCAACGAGAAUUACUGUUUUAUGAAACCCGGCUUGGAAUUUUACCUGGGAUUACUGGCCAUUGCAGCAGUUAUUCUCAUCAUCAACUCUGUCAUCUAUAUCAAAAUCAUUCGACAACUGACAUGUCGACGAAGGAUUAAUAAGACUAACAGCAAUAAAAUGAGCGAACUGUCGGUCCGUGUGAAAAACGCGAUUGCAAUCAUGAUGCUUCUGGGCCUAACAUGGAUUUUCGGGUUCUUGGCAAUAGACGCAUCCGAUACUGUCCGCGAUCUGUUCCAGUUGAUGUUCUGUGUUUGUAACUCGUUGCAGGGUUUCUUUGUGUUCCUAUUGUUCUGUGUUCGUCGACGAGAUGUGAGAAAUUCAUGGGCACAUUUCUGCUGUAAGGCUUGCGAGAAGCCAAGUCAGUUUAUGACAACGUUUUCAAAGCAACGCUACGCAACCGAGGAGAAUUCUGCCCCAGCUAAUUCCACCUAUAUCAAUUCCCUGUACGAUAUUACCGUUUUUACAGCGCGACCUUCAACUGAUAAGUGAUUAACACUGUAAAUUCGCACUGAGUUUAGCUCAGAAACAGUCUGUAGAACAUUGUAUUAAUUUGUAUCUACACCAAUUCUUGUCACCCUUGGCUGUAAUUAGACAGUUUGGCUUAGGCUACAUAAAAAAAAAAAAACCUUAUUUUUUUCGAAGAAUGUACUGUAGGCUAUCUACGUGGUUCACUCGGUAUAUUGUCUAUACAAUUGGUGUAAACUUCUCCACCGAAAAACGGCGGGCAUAAAACACCCACUUACCUGUCGAGUAUGCUCAUUGAACCUGUUACCUGUCCUGUUGCUCACACAUCGGGUACACACACGUACUACUAGUACUAGUCGGCAGUUUAAAAAUGUCACGCAAAAAUUGGUCCGGGCCAAAAAGUUCCACCGGACCGGGUUUUGUCCGCCGGACUACUUUUGGCAAAAUCGGUCCAUCGGGUCGAUUUUAGCUGCUAAAAUCGGUCCUACUUGGAUAAAAUUGAUCCGUCGGCCUGGCCGCUUGUAACCCGUACUCUGUUGCCCGUAUGGUACGAUUGUUUCUCCCGUGGAGUGGAGGAAAGUAAUUUAUGCUUCUCCCAC